AGAGAGAGAGAGAGAGAGAGAGAGAGAGAGAGAGAAUCGCUUCGUAUAUAAGCCACCGAAGCUCAGGGCAUAUAUAUUGUAGAUUGUAGAUAGAGAGAGAACAUUCAGGGAGAGAUAAGGAGAGAGAGGGGGUGACAGAGAGAGAGAGAGGCUUUCGGCUUUUUGUUUCAGACACAGAGCGCCGACGGCCAUGGCAGAGUCAAGCGAUUCCGUUUCUGUUGAUAUGGAGACUAUCUAUCUUGGCGGAAAGGAACAUAUUGUACGGACUGGCCGUGGCUCUGUGUCUGUUAUUGUGUACGGAGACCAAGACAAGCCAGCACUGCUUUCUUAUCCUGAUUUAGCUCUAAAUCAUAUGUCUUGUUUCCAAGGAUUGUUCUUCUGCCCUGAAGCAGCUUCUUUGCUGCUCCACAAUUUCUGCAUUUACCAUGUCAGUCCUCCUGGGCAUGAGUUGGGAGCUGCAGCAAUUAGUCCCAGUGAACCCGUGCCUUCUGUAGAUGAUUUGGCGGAUCAAAUCAUCGAGGUUCUUAACUAUUUCAGGAUUGGUGCAGUGAUGGGCAUGGGAGUAAUGGCUGGUGCUUACGUCCUCACCCUAUUUGCAAUGAAAUAUAGGGAGCGGGUUCUUGGUUUGAUACUCAUUUCCCCACUAUGCAAAGCACCCUCUUGGUCUGAAUGGUUGUAUAAUAAGGUGAUGUCAAAUUUGCUAUAUUACUAUGGCAUGUGUGGUUUGCUAAAGGACUGUUUGCUUCACCGGUACUUUAGCAAGGAAGUUCGCGGAAAUGCAGAAGUCCCGGAAUCAGACAUAGUUCAAGCAUGCAGAAGAUUGCUGGAUGAGAGGCAGAGCGUAAAUGUUUUGAGGUUUCUUCAUGCAAUUGACAGGAGACCUGACAUCACCGGGGGAUUGAAAAGACUAAAAUGUCGAACACUAAUAUUUGUUGGGGAUAACUCUCCUUUUCAUGCGGAGGCUCUCCACAUGACCGCAAAACUGGAUAGAAGAUACAGUGCCUUGGUUGAGGUGCAGGCUUGUGGAUCAAUGGUGACCGAAGAGCAGCCGCAUGCAAUGUUGAUACCCAUGGAGUACUUUCUCAUGGGGUAUGGAUUGCACCGACCAAGCCAGUUCAGUGGCAGCCCGAGGAGCCCUCUCAGCCCAUCUUGCAUUGCACCGGAGCUUCUCUCUCCGGAAAGCAUGGGCUUGAAGCUAAAACCAAUCAAGACCCGUGUCCGCCCCGUGUCCUGAGUGCAGAUAGAUAAUGUUGGAUUCAAACUUAUGACAAGUCUGCAUAGAAAUUAUUUUUUGUUUUUAUUUUUUUGAUUUGUGAAGAAGGGUAGAUACGGUUGUAGAUAUAGAGGGUGAAAAUUCUUUCAUGGACAUAGGGAGGGAGAUUUGGAUUCAUUCAUCUGUAGUCAGUCAUAAAGAAGAUGUCUUGAAGCUGUAUUUGUAUAUCUUAGAAGGGACAUUUGUUUAUGAUGAUGACGAGCUACCAAUAAUUGAGAGGUGAUCAUGCCAUCUCUCUCUCUCUUCCUC